GGGAGGGGGCACUAUCGUAAGCAAACUCUUAGCAUUGACUAUCAAGCCCUGCUAAAUCACCGCUCUCUCCAAGGAAACAAAACAAUAUAGAAUUGGGUUGACGGCGUGCAACAAGCAUAGACCCUCUCUCGACACGACAGCGCGCUUUCCCGUGGAAUGAGCGUUCCAUGCAGCAUCCUAGGUAUGAAUGACGUGGCCUGGCAGGAGACAAGAGGAGGGAUGCUGCAUGCAAAUGGUGCUCCUGAGACUGGGGGUGUCAGAGUCCAUGGUGGAGGGCCCUUAGCAGCAGUCGGGGGAGCUGGACAGGCUCCUGGAGGUCCACAUUUGCAGGGCAUGGACAGGGUUGUCAACCCUACCCCAGGUACCCCGCAGCCUCCGCUUAGUGGACGAUCUCAGGAUGAUGCCACAGUUGGAUACUUCUUUCAGAGGCAGCCGGGGGAGCAGCUUGGAGGUUGCCCACCCGGCAAGCAUCGCUGGCCAACUGGGGAUGCAAACCAUAUAGAUCAGGUCCGUGCUGUUGAUGAAAUGAACUACGAUUUCCAAGCUCUUGCUUUGGAGUCGAGGGGCAUGGGAGAGCUCCUGCCAGCAAAAAAGCUCUGGGAUUCUGAUGAGUUGGCCAAAGAUGGAAGGAAAGGAAUGCUUCUGGGAGAGGAGUGGAGGGACAAUGCCUGGGGAUCAUCUCAUCAUUCAGUGUCUCAGCCAAUCAUGGUGCAGCGACGACCAGGCCAGAGUUUCCAUGGGAAUGGUGAUGCCAAUUCUGUGCUUUCACCUCGCUCAGAAGGUGGAGGCCUGGGGGUGAGCAUGGUGGAGUACGUCCUGAGCUCCUCUCCAGGGGACAAGAUGGAUGGUCGCUACAGGAACGGUGGCUAUGGUGGAGAAGAUGUUGACCAAGAUGUAAGAGAGAAGAACGAUGCCCAAGAGAAGGGGUCCCCCUUUGAAGAAGACAAGAGCCCAGAGAUGAAGGUCGGAGAGGAAAACGAUCCCUCCAAAGCUAAUGGAAGAGGGUUACUAAAUGGCAUGGACAGAGACUGCAAAGAUUUCAAUCCAACUCCUGGAAGCCGUCAAGCCUCUCCCACCGAAGCAGUGGAGAGGAUGGGUCCCAGUCAGACCGGUUUAGAGAUGAUGGGACAGCACCACCCCCAUGCCCUCCAACAACACAACCCCAACCAAAACAAAGCCCCAUCAGAGGAUUUCCAGAACCAGGAGGCCCAGAAUAUGGGUGGUAUGGAGCAGCAGGCCGGCGUGGAGUCCCUCCAGUUUGACUACGCUGGGAACCAGAUUCAGGUGGACUCCUCUGGGACUCCAGUAGGAUUGUUCGACUACAACUCUCAGCAGCAGUUAUUCCAGAGAUCUAAUCCCCUGACUGUGCAGCAACUUACUGCAGCUCAGCAGCAACAAUAUGCUCUGGCUGCAGCCCAGCAGCAGCAUCUUGCUGGGCUUGCUCCUGCAUUUGUGCCAAACCCUUACAUCAUUAAUGCUGCCCCCCCUGGAGCGGACCCUUACACUGCCGCUGGGCUGGCAGCAGCAGCGACGCUCGCAGGCCCCACAGUAGUCCCACCACAGUACUACGGAGUUCCUUGGGGAGUGUACCCAGCCAAUCUUUUCCAGCAACAGGCUGCAUCAACUGCCAAUCACUCAGCUAAUCAACAAGCAUCCAAUCAGGGACCAGGACCAGGCCAACCACAGGUAAUGCGCACAGGAACCAACCAGAGACCUCUCACACCCGGGCAAGGCCAGCAGAGUCAGCAGGAGUCCCUGGCUGCAGCAGCUGCUGCAAACCCUGCACUGGCGUACACAGGAAUGCCUGGUUAUCAGGUGUUGGCCCCUGCAGCCUACUAUGACCAGACUGGAGCUCUGGUGAUGGGCCCAGGUGCCAGAACUGGCCUUGGUGGUCCAGUUCGUCUAGUCCAGACCCCUCUCCUCAUUAACCCUGCUGCAGCACAGGCUGCAGCCGCCGUGUCAGCAUCCGGCUCGGGUAACAACAUGUCUGGUCCCCCAGCCAAUGGUCUGUACCGCUCCAUGCCUCAACCUCAGCCCCAGCCGCAGCAGCAGCAGGCCCCCCCGCCAAGCAGCGGCCUGCCCUCCAGCUCGUUCUACGGCUCCGGAUCAGUCCCCAACACCUCUCAGAGCAGUUCCCUCUUCUCUCACACUUCUGCUGCACCACCUCCACCAAGCUCCUCUCUGGGCUUCAGCAGCACCGGCGGCUCCCUGGGUGUCGGUCUGGGCUCAGCUCUUGGAGGCUUUGGCUCCUCUGUAUCCAGCUCUACCAGUAGCAGCGUAUCUCGCAGGGAUUCCUUGUUGGCGAGCUCUGACCUGUACAAACGUGGCGGCAGUAGUUUAACUCCCAUCGGUCAACCCUUUUACAACAGCUUGGGUUAUUCGUCCUCACCUAGCCCCAUUGGCCUCACACCAGGUCACUCCCCGCUCACCCCUCCACCCUCUCUGCCCUCCUCUCAUGGAUCCUCUUCUAGCCUUCACCUAGGUGGCCUGACGAAUGGCAGCGGUCGUUACAUUUCAGCAGCACCUGGAGCUGAAGCAAAGUACCGUAGCACCGGUGGGACGUCGAGUCUCUUUAAUUCCAGCAGUCAGCUUUUCCCUCCGUCUCGGCCCCGCUACAGUCGCUCUGAUGUAAUGCCAUCCGGACGCAGCCGCCUACUGGAAGACUUCAGGAACAACCGCUUCCCAAACCUCCAACUCCGUGACCUGCCAGGACAUAUGGUGGAGUUUUCGCAAGACCAACAUGGAUCCAGAUUUAUCCAGCAGAAGCUAGAGAGAGCCACCCCAGCUGAGAGGCAGAUGGUGUUUGGGGAGAUUCUACAAGCAGCAUACCAACUGAUGACUGAUGUAUUUGGGAACUAUGUCAUUCAAAAGUUCUUUGAGUUUGGAAGUGCCGACCAGAAGUUGGCCUUAGCCACGCGUAUCCGUGGACAUGUCCUCCCUCUGGCCUUACAGAUGUAUGGCUGUAGGGUAAUUCAGAAAGCUUUGGAGUCCAUCUCCUCAGACCAGCAGGUAAUUAGUGACAUCGUCCGCGAGCUCGACGGCCACGUGUUGAAGUGUGUAAAAGACCAGAAUGGCAACCAUGUGGUGCAGAAGUGUAUUGAGUGUGUGCAGCCCCAGGCCCUACAAUUCAUUAUUGAUGCCUUCCAGGGACAGGUGUUUGUUCUUUCCACACAUCCAUAUGGCUGCAGAGUUAUUCAAAGGAUUUUGGAGCACUGCACCCAGGAGCAGACUCUGCCUAUCCUGGAGGAGCUGCAUCAGCACUCUGAACAGCUGGGCCAGAAAUAUCAAGGCGUAUCAUUGGAGAUGACACCCAAAACAUAUUAUACAGUGUCCCGCGAUGCACUGUUCAAGGAUCAAUAUGGUAACUACGUCAUUCAGCAUGUUCUGGAGCACGGCAGACCAGAGGAUAAGAGCAAGAUUGUUGCAGAAGUUCGUGGGAAAGUUCUCGUCCUCAGCCAGCACAAAUUUGCAAGUAAUGUCGUGGAGAAGUGUGUGAUCCACUCCUCCCGUGCAGAGAGAGCUCUGCUCAUAGAUGAAGUGUGCUGUCAGAAGGACGGGCCUCACAGCGCCCUCUACACCAUGAUGAAGGACCAGUACGCCAACUACGUCGUCCAAAGAAUGAUCGACAUGGCAGAACCUGCUCAGCGCAAAAUUAUCAUGCACAAGAUCCGGCCUCACAUCGCCACUUUACGCAAGUACACCUACGGGAAGCACAUUCUGGCCAAGCUAGAAAAGUAUUACAUGAAGAGCGGUUCUGAACUGGGUCCCAUCGGAGGCCCUACAAAUGGCCUCAUGUAGUCGACACUCUGGGUCCCCUGAAGAAGAGAAGGAGCCCCAAACCCUCCUCCCCAAUGAUCUGUGAGAGAUGCUCCUUAGCCAUAGGGGUUAGCCUUUGAAGUCCUCUGUCGCCCCCUUUUCUAGAGGGAGGAAUUACCAAAAAGAAAAAAAAAAACUCAAAAAGACAAGUCAACUUCACCUAAGAACGCUGUGACAACUAAGCCCUGCCACUCUGCCGCCCCACUCAAGGCCACCACAGAGCGGCCCUUGGGGGACGCAUAGUCAGCAGGGUGACUUUUUUUUUUUUUCUGGGUAAAGCACAAGCCCAUUGUUAAUGAUGUAAUUGAUGUAUUUGACUGGUUUUCAUAGUAUCUUGUACAUUUAGUUUUAUACCUUGUAAAUUCUCUGUAGAAAAACAAAACUUAUUACACAUUUGCUGAAAUUUACAAUUCCUACAAUUAACACCAGCAAGUGAUUUUAUAAGGCUAAAUGGAGUGAAACUUUUAAGAGAAAACAACAAUUCCAUUUGUUUUUUUGUAACUAGACUUAUCAAGUCAGCUGUUCUAACACAAGUCAAGGCAAUUGAAUAUAAUAUUUGUAUAUUAUCCCAUGCACAGUCAAGUUUUCCCAUGCCAAAGCAGCUGAUGGAUUUAUUAUCAUGAAUUACAUAUUCAGGAUGGAUUUAAACCCCUCCAUCCACAGGUGACUACUAUGUGUUGGUGCCACAGUCACCCAAAGGUCUUGAAGACCGCUUUGUGAGCUCAGCUUUGGGGAUUGGUGCUUUAGUCAGGGGUCGUGUGUUUCCGUUGGUGGCUUUUUCUUGCCUCCUUUUCCAGGCUGAAGCGUGGGCCCGUGUUUACUCAGCAGCUUUCGGUACUGAAUAUUUCCAAUCUGAGCUGCUGCAUUCAAUGAGCCCCGACUUUGAGCCGUCUUUUUCCCUCAUGCAGGCGAUCACUCGGGGUUUAUGCAACGUUUUAGAAAAGAUCUAUUAACUUAUAUAAGCGGGGCAUGAGGUUUGGUUGUACAGCGGGCGUGGAACCUGGUUUAAUCUUAACAUGAAAUGAGUAGUGCGGGGGGCUUUUUUUGUGGGGGUAGCUGGGUGGGAGUGGGCUACGUGUUGGCAUGCUGUGACAGGUUUUAAUCCUUGGAAUGAUUCUUUUCUUUAUCAUGUUUUGUGUAACAUCUUAUCUGUCUUGUAGUUUGAGAUGAACACUGCCCUAGAAAACGGUAUCUUUAUGUACUGAAUAAUCAUCUCUUGCGUAGAAGUAGUUUAGCGAUGUAUAGCAUCUUUAUGUAUGAGUAAAUCGUUGCUUUUUUGGGUCGGGGGCUUGCAGCAGUGAUGGGACCCCCACCGCCUGAUGGUCAGAGUAUGGUAGGAAAAAUGUUGUGACGUGGAGCGUAUCCCAGCUUUGUACAUCUGAGGUGACGUGAACUAGAAGUAGUGGGGUAAAUUAGAGAAAGGGAUUCAGGAGGAACCUUUUUAAUGGCUCUGUUUCUGUUUUUUUAAUUUUAUUUUUCAUUUGGUUGGGUAUGCAAGUGCAAAGGUGGAGGCCGGUGGGGCCAUCGAAAGUUAUACAAUUCACCUGUAAUGCUCGUAGUGAUGGCUUCUUUGCUUCAUAUGAAUAAUUGUAGAAUACAUGUAGUAUAUGUGCAGUUAAUAAGUGUAAGAUUAUUAGUUUAAAUUGAAAAAAAAUAUGUCUAGUCGUGGUGUUUGACAGGCCUUGCUCUAAAUUUGUAGUGAUGCUUUUAUUUCGUCUGUACAGUUGUACAUUUGUAAACGUUUAUGCUGUAAAUGGGAUGUCUUUUACACUUUUUUGGGGAGAAAAAGGCAAAAAUGUGCAUUUUGAUGUGUGUAUAUUCAUCACUCCUUUCCCCCUUGAACAUAAUGUAUACAGUUUUAUUUGAUCAAGUGUUAUUUUAAAGAAAAGAAGACUAUGGCUUCACAAUCUGGCAUGUUUUUCUUUUGUUUUUAAUCCGCUUUUGGGAAAGGCCAGCCUCUAUUUGUACUGGAGCUGUAACAUCUACUGUUGAUAGUCUUUCUAAUGUGUGACACUUUAAAAAGAAGAAAAACAAACACUCUGUACUACAAACUGAGGCUGCAUUUAGUCCUCUCUGCUACCAUGGAAACUUCACAGGAUACGACAAGAAUUAUUUUUGUACAGAAGAGUGCUGUAUUUUGGAACAGCUACUACCUUGUAAGCAAAAGCAAUGUAAAAUAUUGUCAAUUAUAUAAAUAUGAACAUAUGAGUUUUGUCACACUGUCAAAGUCAUGUACAUUUUCAGGUGGCCUUAUGUACAUUUCCAGAUGUUAGAUGAAGAAAACAAACUCAUUUUUGGAAGCAGAAUUGUGACUAUGUAUGAUUAAACUGUUCUUCUAACA